GUAAAGUUGAUUGUUGUUUCCAUAGCAACCGACAGACGUCGCCACAGGCACGCGCCGAAGCUUGAAGACAAGUUAGUGAAAGUGAAACUGCACUGAAACCGAAGCGUCUUCGCCGUCUUCACAAACAACGAGGGGCAGAAGUCUGAGUAUGGCGUUCAUCACAAACAUCACGGCCAUGAUUCAUGAAGCUCAGGUUCAGGAUCAAAAACGUCUUCAACCUUGUAAGUCACGGAAAGAAGGUUCCUAUUACAUAGUGGAGGGAUCUUAUAAGGAACUGGAGGACAUCUAUUACAAACUGCAAGCUGUGGAGCCUGUGAACGUCUCUGUUACUGUCAUGGCCUACAUUGAGGAAAAAUGUCAAAAAGAACUAUCUGAAAUUGAAGGAACCAGUUUCAUCAUUAAGCAACAGCUGGACCACACAGCAUCUCGUAAUAACCCCAGGAACACAGUCCAGGUGACUGUGAGACCAUGUGACCCCUCAGUGAGCCCUGCUAGGGCAAAGCUGGUCAGACAGCGAUUCAUCACGUUCUACCAGAGAACUGCGUCCGACCUGCAGGUCGCAUCCAUCCCUGCGACUGCAUGUCUGCACACGGACCUGGAGAAGAGAUUCCCACACCUGCUCUUUAAAUCCAAACACAACCACACAUAUGAAGUCACGGGUCCUUUUAUGCAUAUGGCUGAACUGAAUCACCUCAUUUCAAACACUGCAUCCACUUUAAACACGAGCAAAGCUUCAGCAGACAGUCCAGGCAAAGAACACAGCAAAGACUGUGAAGAAGAACUGUGUCCAAUCUGCAUGGAUGCAAUGAUGCCCAGCAGGAAGAAGACCCUGCGCUGUAAACACUCCUUCUGCAGAGACUGUCUGGAAACAGCGUUCGCCUACAAGCCCGUGUGUCCGACAUGUGGCCACUUAUAUGGACCUUUGACAGGGACACAACCUGAUGGAGGCAGAAUGAAGCACAGCACAGUCAGUUCAUCGCUGCCUGGAUUUGAGCGACAUGGAACAAUAACCAUUGAAUAUCACAUUCCAGCUGGUGUUCAAACGCAGGAGCAUCCUAACCCUGGAGAGCCAUAUGAAGGCGUGUCCCGUACGGCCUACCUUCCAGACUGCUCAGAGGGCAGGAGGGUCCUUCACCUGCUGGAGCGAGCCUUCCAACAGAAGCUUGUCUUCACUGUUGGCCGGUCCACCACCAGUGGAAGGAACAAUGUUGUCACGUGGAAUGACAUUCACCACAAAACCUCAAAGCACGGAGGACCCACACACUAUGGGUACCCAGACCCUGAUUAUCUCCGUCGAGUUCGAGAUGAACUGAAGGUCAAAGGAAUUGAAUGAGUCAUUCUGAGGUUGGUCUUGGAGCGAAGCACAUGUAUUUAGUUAGUGAAGAUUAUUAAAAAGUGAAAUCUGCAAAUGAAUGGAAAAUGUACGUAUUAAGUUUGUAUUAUUUAUUCCUCCUCAUUUCAAACUUACAUUUUAAAAUGACCUGUAAGUUCAUGUUUGUAUGUUUUGUAAAUGUGGUGACACAAUU